AUGCCAAGUAAAAAGAAGAAGUCCAACGCACGAUUUCCUCCGGUAAUUUGGUCUUACUAUGUAUAUUUCUUGGUAACUGCAAGAACUAACAUUCGUUUUUGUAUCUCAAGGCGCGAAUCAAGAAAAUUAUGCAAACAGACGAAGAUGUUGGCAAGGUAGCGGCAGCCGUCCCAGUCAUCAUUUGUAUCCUUCGAUGGAAGACUAUCUUGAACUUGUAAUUGCUAACCCGGAAAGUUAUUAUAGCUUCAUGGAAAUGUAGCCUAUAUAAUUUAUCGAACGUGGAAAGCAUAAUUUAUGCUUUUGACGAAGUUCGAAGACAAAAUUCAUCAUCGAUUGUAAAGUUUUUUUGUCAAUGGCAGUGUAUUCGAGUUUAGUUUAAUAUACUUUUAUGAGAUUUUAAGUGCCCUCUAUGAUUCACGAAAUUUACUUCCAUUUGUAAGUCUCAGAAGCUUGUACUGCAAAAUCGGACACGAUAGAAUGUCUUUUCAGCCUUUUAAAAGUCUAUUUUUGGUCCUUAAAUGUGUGGAUAAACAGCAAAAGCCUUGGAGAUGUUCUUGCAAUCGCUUGUGGAGAGGGCUAGCGAUUACACUAAAGCAAGGAAUGCUAAAACUAUGACCACAUCACAUCUGUAAGUCAAUGAAUCAUUUUCCUGUUAGUCAACGAUAAUCCUUUCAGUCAGUUUGCAUAAUUCUACCUUCCUGUUUGCCAUUUGAUUCGUUAGCGUUGUUUUGGUAUUAUGACAUUUAUAGGUCAAACAGUUUUACGUUCCUGAAGGCAAUUAUUGUUUAUCUUUAUACACUGUUGCAAAAUGAACCAAUCGUUGAAAUUUUUAUCGUGACAAAUUUAUCCAACAUAAUCUCAAUCCUUAUUACAGAGAUGUAUUUUCACUUUUUACUCCUUUCAGUCGUCAUUAUUGUCAUUGUACAUUAAACAUUCAUAUCCUCUCCUUUGUUACGAGCUAAAGUAGUAAUCCUUGUAACUUGAAGUUUUUUUUAACUAUUAUAUGCUCUUGACAAUUAUAUUUUGUGUGUAAGUUGAAUGCAUACAUAUAUGUUCCAUCCACCUUCACUUCAGGAGAAUAACUCUUCUGUUUGUACCUAUUCACUCCCAAAGAGACCAAAUAGGAUUUUUUAUAAUAUUAUUACAUUUAUUAUUAUUAAUAUUAAGACAGAGAGGUGAGAAGAUGGAAAAAUAUCAACUAGGGAUUGUUGUUUGAUUUGAAUGAAAAUUCUCACAGCUGAAAUUAUGAAACAUGCAUGACAUACAAUUUGGAGAAUUGAUCUUUAGAUCAUAAAAGUGAAAAGGAUAUUGGUCAUGUUUUUUUGCAUUUUGAUGGCUGAGGAGUCAAGAUUAUUUUUGAACUUUUUUAUUCAACUUCAUAGUCUAUAAACUGGUAGCACUUAAAUGCUUAAUUUUAAGUCUUCCUCUGUGAUUUGAAUCCACAGAAAGAGAUGUAUAACAUCUGAAAACCAGUUUGACUUUUUGAAAGACUUAGUGGCUAAUGUACCAGAUCUUCCUUCAAAUGAAGAAGAAAAAGAUGGUGAACCCAAACCCAAAAGGUAAUGAAGGUCAUGUCCUUCUGCAAUCAGCUGUCUCAUCUACAACUUGUAUAGGUUUCAUGUGGAUGAUGUUUUCUGACAGAAUACUAAUCAAUUAAACCAAAUGUUUUUGUUUGAAAUGCAGUAACCUCUGAGACUAGAUAUAAAAAGACUUCUCCAUGUUCACAAUUUAAGGGAAGAAUCAUAAAAACUAGUUGUCAUCAUCUCAGACUGUUGAACAUCUCUGAAGAGCUACAUUUUCUGCUGAUUGCAAUGACUGACAGAGUAAAAUAGUUUUGUUGAGUGAUAAAUAAUGCUUCACCAAUUUUCUGACACAGAUUAAAGCUAAUGGUGAAGAGAGUUGUUUCCUCAAAAGUAAUAAUUUUAAUGGGCAUCAAUUUGUCAAAAAUUGUGGUACAAGAAGUACAUAUAUCAAGGCCAGUACAGGGCCAUACAUUUGUGAGAUCCUGGGUGCUACUUGGUAUAAAAUAGGUCAAUGACAACCAGUAGGAAAAUUUCACAAAUGAUUCAAAAUGUUUCUUAUGUCAUUUUCUCUAGAAAAAGAAUGCCAAAAGCUGCUGCGAACAAAGAACAGAACAAAGAGAAGAAAAAAUCAGAAAAAAAGAUGCCACAAGCUACUGUGGUAUCUGAUGAGUCAGAUGAAGAGCUCGAAUCUGAGGUAAACAACUGUCAGCCUGAAUCUGAGGUUAACCCUCUGACACCUUAGAGUGACUGGAAUCUAAUUUCUCCUUACCAUAUCACCCCUGAAUCAAACACUAAGGUCAGGAGAAUAAGGGAACUGAUCACCAACUAAAGAAGCUCUUGAUUGUUAGACAAAUUCUCCCUGUCAGCACCUUAGGAAAUGUGUAGAGAACAUUAUGGAGGAUAUGCAUACUGAUGUUAGGGUGUAAAGGGUUAAUUACCAUGAAAAGGGAUAUCAUAGUGAACUUGAUUUUGUAAUUAAUUGAGUUCAUUUUUGUUAUCAGUAUUUUCAAAUGGCCCUGAGAAGAAAAAUGUAAUUGCACUCACUUGCUCAUGAAAAAAACAAAUACUAAGUUUCUUUAUUAUCACAUUAUUUCAACCAGGAAGAAGAUUCUUCUUCUGAAGGAACAAGUAACCACAAUAAUAUCACACCAGCACCAGCUGUUCCAUCAUUAACCAUAACAAGACCAAGUACAGAACAAAGUGAAGAGUAGGUGUCAUUUAAUUUAUCAAAUGAUCAUUCUGACCUGUGUUAGUUCAUGCAGAGUUAUGAUAAAACAAAUCCAGCUUUCUCUUAGUUUAGUUUUUAAUUCACUGUAAUUCCCCUCUUCAUGUUGCACUCAACCAUUUCACUCUCCCUGUCUGAUUAUUUAAUUAACUGUCCGUUAGGUCAUAAAUUUCCUUUGAAAUUAGUUCAGAGCUUAUGAUGUUUUACAAAGAAAAAACCCUGUUACUUAAGUAACAAACAUUUGUCAAUUCUCCUUUUUGCCUGAUGAUGCAGCUAUAUUAUGAGGAUGAAUCACAUAUUCAUUAGUAAUAGGAGUUAAAACAUUUUUUUGUUGUAAUUAUUAAUACUAGAACUGUUUUUUUUUUUUUGCAAAUAUCUUUAAAACACACAGGGUUGGGUGUUAAAUAACCCAUGGUAUUUCACCCUUUAACUCCCAGAAGUGAUCAUCAUGAAACUUCUUCUUAUAAUAUCCAUACAUUAUUCAGCAAACAGGCUAUGAGAAUAUUCAAACUAAUCAAGUAGAAGCUACUAUUUUGAUCUAGCACCAAGUUCUCAUAACUAAUUUACUAGAAAAUGUGUAGCAGCCAGAGGGGAGAAUCAACAAUCAGAUCUUGGGAGUUAAGAGGUCAAAGACCAGUGAAUUGAAAGGUCCACAUCCAAAGCCUGGACAAGACAUUGUGUUAUAUUCUUGAGAUAUGUUUUACACUCACAGUACAUCUCUACUCCUGGGAGUACCAGCAUUAGUCAGAUUCUGUACACUGUCAGCAAAACCUGUCAAAUUGCUGUAGGUGGUAUAUGGGAAAGUGUGGCAUCUUAUUUGGGUGUGGAGGGGCACACUUAGUGUCAUCAUGCUGUUAAAACUGGGUCAAGCAGCUACAGGAAAAUCCUUCUGCCUCAUAAGUUGGCUUAACCCAAUGGUACAACAAAUUGUUAGUAUUCCAGUAAAGAACACAAAUGCAUUAACUAACUUGAUUGUAUUUUCUUUGCAGAAGUGAACCUUCGUCAUUACCAGUGAAUAUUCCCAAGCUUAACCAAAUGUCAGGUAUAAUGGGGAGCUCAUUGGAUGAAGAUGAUGAUUAUGACUCAUGAAAACACCAGGAACACAUUAAGUCAAUUCAGUGUAAGGGAGAUUCCUGUUGAUGUGAUGUUACAACAGCAAAGGAAUUUUAUCGCAGUGAACUUGUAAAUCAGUCUGUGAAAAAAAUCAUUGCAUCACUUUGACUUAGAUUUUACAGGAAUUUGUAUUAUCUUGUACAUGUACUGUAAGCUUAGUGUACUGUAUUGUUAAAUUAUUUUGAGUAGAAUGCUUUUAAAAAAUAUUUUGUUGAUAAACUUCUUCAGGAGGCUACUGUUUGGGAGGAUAAUGCCAAAGGUGAAAGAGCAUCUGAAGAAUGAAUGAUAGGCUGACUACUGAGAGGUUUUAAGGGCAAGCAAUAUGUCUAUGGCAUUUCCUUCCGAUUUACUAGUAGGCCAGAAGGGGUUUAUUAUUACACAGGUUAUUAAGCCACAUUUCAUCAUUUGUGACAUCAUUCUUUGAUGACAAAGUGAUGUGGUUUGGCCACACUUAAGCAUGAAGAUAAAAAAUUAUCCUGGAAUUCUAACUGUCUUUGUUAAAGGGUUUGUAGAAAACUUCAAUGUCAGUGGUUGUGACUGAAAAGAUUACUAAAGUAAAUGGUUUUAACCUGUGGGUAACAUGUGACUGGGCAGUCACAUCAUGUGGGUGAAGGUUAUCCUGAGAAGGAAUGUUGUCAGUUGUAAUGUCUGACAUUGCGGUGACCUGAAGGGAAGUCAUCAUCAAUCAUCUCUAUUUGACUCUGAUGAUGACUUCCACUUCUUUACACUUUGCAGUGCUUCUAUACCUGCUGGUUAAAGGGACUCUGUGAAGGUAGAGGUUUUGAUCAGUCUCUUUCCCUUGAUACACUUUGAAGCUUUUGUGAACAACACUGAAACUGUUAGGUCUUUUCCAUGGCUCUCUGUCAAAGUAGCUGUGUGGCAUCUGUCUAUUAACAGUAUGUGAGUGAGCUACUGUGGGUUGUCACCAGCAUGCAGUUGAGAUACUGAUGGUUUGAGUUGGAUAACUUCUGUUUGCAUAUGUCAAUAUUUGAUGGAAGCAUUCAUUACGUAAUUGGCAAGUGAUAGUAGGGAGUGGCUCAGAAAACAUAAUUGCUAGCUUCUGAAUUAAAAUAACUUAUCGCUCAGUUAAGUUAAAAAAUUGAAUUAGAUUGUCUUGAGACCUUUUAACAUGUUUAUUAUUAUUGGUACUGAACAGACUUGUGCUGGCAAUUC